CCGGCCAGCACAGGGCAUGGCCAAGGAGGUGGCCAAAGGCAUUGCUGGUGACCAAGAAAGGUGUCUCCAGGCUACCUGCUCUCUUUGCUUUCGUGAGGAGGAGAGCGGGGGACUCCAUCUGUGUCACUGCAGCCGCAGCCCUCCCUGUUGGGGAGUGGGGGUCGACGUCUGUGCCAGCUGGGUGCUUUCUGUGAGCGACGAGGAGCAUGGCCCCCCGUGUGCUCUGCAGGGGCAGGAGGAGGACCGAGAGUCACAGGACCCAUCCCCAUCGGCCUCCCGGGAGAAGAACAUUUUGAAAACAACUAGUAAAGAAGUGUUAAGUGUUGUUCAUGGAAAACCGCGAGUGUCUCUCAAUGGGGAUAGCGGUGCGGACAGGUAGGGCAACAAACCACAGCCCAGCCUUGCUUUUCUGAAUGUGCAUGUGACAGGGGACUUAGCAAGAACUGCUCAGAAGUCAAAAUCAAUUCUUGUCCCUACAGAGGCUGGGGGCGGGUUAAAAAAGUGCAACUCUUAACAUGAUGAGGCGAAGAAUGGUGUUUUGCAGCUGAUUUGUGGGAUUAGAGCAGGUAGUAUGACAACCCUAACUCUGAAGCUGACAGCUACACAAGGGGGUGCCCUGGAAAGAUCAUCCACUGUCUAGUAUGAACUCUGGAAGGGAACCUAGCCAGCCCCAGCUGAGUGCAAAUUCUACACACAACCCUAACUGGCGAUUCCAUGGGUGCCUAGUAAGGGGGCUUGAGCAUAAUAGCAGCUGAUAAGCCUUGAAGACAUUAUGAUUUGUGAAAUCAGCUAGUUACAAAAAGACAAUUACUGUGUGAUUCUACUUAUGUGAGAUGCAUAGUCAAAUUCAUAGAGACAGAAAGUGGAAUGGGGGUCGCCAGGGGCUGCGGGAGAGGGAGUGGGAGUUGUCAUUCAGUGAGGACAGAGUUUCAGGUUUACAGGGUGCAAACGUCCUGGAGGCCUGCCGCACG